AUGUCAUCCUCAUCGUCAGAUGGCGUAGAUGAAGCUGUUGAAGAAUGGUUCGACGAAGAAUUUGAUAAUCUCGUCGACUCCCUAGUUAAUGAUCAAGCAAAAAAACCAAAGAGACGGGCUUACUACGAAAGUCAUCGGGAAGAAGGACACAAUCAACUAUGGAAUGACUAUUUCAGGGAACAUGCUACAUACCCAUCGGAAAUGUUUAGAAGACGUUUUCGAAUGCACAAGCCAUUGUUCCUUCGCAUUGUGGAUGCUUUAAGAAAUGAAGUUCCAUACUUUCACCAAAGAAGAAAUGCUCACGGAAGGUACGGCCUAUCUACACUGCAAAAGUGUACAGCAGCUAUACGUAUGCUGGCAUAUGGUCAAUCAGGAGAUACGUAUGACGAAUAUCUCCGACUAGGUGAAAGUACUGCACUUUUAUGUUUGGACAAUUUCACUAAUGCGAUAAUACAAUUGUUUGGCCAUGAGUAUCUAAGAAGACCUACAGCUGAUGAUCUUCAACGACUACUGGAUAUUGGAGAGUUACGCGGGUUCCCAGGAAUGGUAGGCAGCAUCGACUGUAUGCAUUGGGAGUGGAAAAAUUGCCCAACAGCUUGGAGAGGACAGUACACACGUGGUUCAGGAAAGCCGACAAUUAUCUUAGAGGCGGUGGCAUCACAAGAUCUAUGGAUAUGA